UGAGGAGGAAGACGCUUACUGAUACACAACACUCGCCACAUUCUCUCUCACACUUUCUACUCUCAGAUACAAGAAAAAGAAAAGAGAAACUGAUCAAAAGAUGAACAUCGCUCACACCAUCUUCGGCGUUUUCGGAAAUGCCACUGCUCUGUUUCUGUUCUUGGCUCCUUCGAUAACAUUCAAGAGAAUCAUCAAGAACAAAUCAACAGAACAGUUCUCAGGCAUCCCUUACCCUAUGACUCUCCUCAACUGUCUCCUCUCCGCCUGGUACGGACUUCCCUUUGUGUCAAAAGACAACACGCUUGUGAGCACAAUUAACGGAACAGGAGCAGUGAUAGAGACAGUCUACGUGUUGAUCUUCCUUAUCUACGCACCAAAGAAGGAGAAAGCUAAGAUCUUUGCUGUCUUCACUGCUGUCUUGGCCGUAUUCGCAACCGUGGCUCUUGUCUCUCUCUUUGCCCUCCAUGGAAACGCUAGAAAACUCUUUUGUGGUAUUGCAGCUACUGUGUUCUCCAUCAUCAUGUACGCUUCUCCACUCUCAAUCAUGAGGUUGGUGAUAAAGACUAAGAGUGUAGAGUACAUGCCAUUCUUCUUGUCACUCUUUGUCUUCCUCUGUGGAACUUCUUGGUUCAUCUAUGGUCUCAUCGGUCGUGACCCUUUUGUUGCAAUCCCAAAUGGGUUUGGAUGUGCUUUAGGGACACUUCAGCUGAUUCUCUACUUUAUCUACUGCGGAAACAAAGGCGAGAAAUCUGCUGAAAAGGAUGAGAAGUCGCUGGAGAUGAAAGGUGAGGAGAAGAAGCAAAAUGUGGUGGUUAAUGGAAAGCAACAAGAGCAGCAAGUUUAGAUCUUUCAGUGAUGUGUUUCUUCUCUGUAUUUCGUUUUUUAACUCUUCUUGAUUAGAGUUUUAGUAUGCUGAACAAAAAUGUAAGAUUCCUAAUGUCUUCCUACUGAUAAAAAUGUGAUUGAAAAAGACUAAUACCUUUGUGACAUACAAGCAUGUAAACAAAACUCUGCUUUUAUAUAAGAGAGACGAAAAAACAAAUAGUAACCAUAAAGUGUUAGGUUAGCUUUAGAACCUCUGAUCAUAUCCCUGAUCUCUGGUUAAUAAUAAUACAUAGGAGAGAUGGAUUGACCUAACCAGUUGCAUGCAACAACACAAACAUUCGAAAUAAUACAUAAAUAAGUCUUUGUUUUUAUAGAACAUAACGACUCUUUUUUACCUCCAAGCUGAAGCAACGAUCAAACUCUUCUCCUCCCAGCAAAAGUGAAGCUCACCCAUGUCCUCUUUAAGCUUAUACUUACUGCAAUAAUCUUUCUUAAUGAGAUUCUGUAUGUUGCUUGCUACUCUAGCACUCAUUGGUCUUGGACUGAACCCUGCCAUCAUCAUCCUCGCUCUCCAUUUCCCUGCAACCUCGUACCUCUCAAUCCUUUCUUCUCCUUCGCAAGCAACAAUGUUGACAAUGUCUCUAGCAAGACACUGCCUCUCCACAUUCAUCCUCUCUUGGCUCUCUCUCGGAAGCGUCAUGUCCAGAGAGUCGAAAACCGCCGAGUAGUACUCAUAAGCUUCCAUGAAUCUUGGUAAGAACGGGGAAGUGUUUGUGUUAACGUCUUGUUCAACUACUGUGACUAGCUUCGGGUUUAGGCUUUUCACCAUGUGGAGCAGCUCGUCUCGUUGGUUAACUGUUGUCACGCUCUCAUCAGGCAUGUGGUGAAGCUGAAACGCAAAGUUCACAAUCAAAGUCUCUCCUGGUUUGCAACCAAGUGUAGAUGGAGAGACGAUGUUAGUCUUGGACGCUACUGCGUUGAACUUGAAGGACACUCCAUGAUCUUUAGCAUGCUGCUCGAGUCUUAGGCCUAUGAUUGUUAACCCACCAACGGAGCGUUGGACUGAUUCAGGGUCAUCAACACCGGUUAACCUUAACCGAGGACGCUUACCAGGCAUCUCGGAUACAGUUUUGAUCAGAGUCAUGUACUGGUUUCCUUGGUUUAUAUCGAAAUCUAUUAUGUGAACUUCUUCUUCACCUCUGAUGGAUUCUACAAUUGCAUCAUUAGCAGCUAAGAAACCGAACUUGAAACAAGGGCAGACCUCAAAGAGGACUUGCAUAGCUGCAAGCCUCUCAUCAGUAGGAGGCUCUUUGCAUUUCAAUGCUUUGUAAAGAAACUUCCCUGAAGCAGCCAUUCUUGCAGCUAGUCCUUCAACCAUGUAAGCUGCGAUUCUCUGAGAAGGAUCUCCUUGGAUUGAUACUAUCUGUCUCAGCUCAUUCACCAUUGACAAAGCUUCCUCUGCUUUGCCUUCGGAUAACGCACGAGCGCAAGAGAUCAAGAUCUGCUUUGGAGUUGUUGCUUGUGAUGAUGAUACCACUUCUUUGCUGCUUACAUGCGAGUUGGAAUCUACUUCAGAUGAUGAUGAUUCUUUGGGAGACCACUCAAUGUCCAUCUCCAUUAGUUGAUCUACACCAAUCAUCUUAUCAUCAUCUUCAUCUUCGAGAAGUGCUCUUUCAAGCUCUUGAAUCUUUGAUCUCAUUUGUUCAUCAUCAAACUCCAUGCUCGGACUUAGACCUCCUCCCGCUUGGUAACCUCCAAAGAGACUCAUUGAUGAAGUCGGGGUUGAAUCAAACGGUGAUUGAUACUCCAUGGAGCAUCCAAGAACCGGUCUAGACUGGUAAGGAAGCGACUCCAACGAGCCAAAUGAGCAAACAGAUGCACCAGAGCCAACAGGGUGCUGUUGUUGUCCAAACUCAUCUGUUGGAGAAUCUAGAAAGUACUUCUCAUAACUUUGGCUUGGGUAAGAAUCAUCAGUCAGGCAAGUGUUCUUGGACCUGUCUGGAUCGAAGAUUUCAACAGAAGUGCCACCACCACUACUGUUGUAACCAUUCUCAUUCAAUGAGUAAAGCUUCGGGUUCCUGUAUGCUGCUGCAGCGGACAGCUCUGCCGACCUCACCAAUGACAUGACUUUUUGUUUUGAUAUGUUGUUUGUUCCACCACUAGAAGAAUGUCACACAGAGGGAAAAAAAACCAUCAAGCCACUGAUAAAUUCUAACAAAAAAAGAAUGUUGAAUCAUGCAAAAACAAAAACCCAAAAUAAAAAUCUAAAAAGAUUAAGCCUUUUGUUACUAAUUCAUCAUCAAACAUGAACCAAAUAUGGAACUUUAUGAUCCAAAACUCACCAGAAGAGAAAAAAAAAACAACAAGAAAAGCUUUUUUUUUUGUAACACAAGAAGAGUUUUUUCUUAAAGGAUUAAGCCUUUUAACUAAUCCAUCAUCAUAGAUAAACAAAGUAUGGAGCUUAAUGAUCAAAACAGCACCAAAGUAAUGAAUAUAUUCUCAAAAGACACUAAUUAACACAAAAACUAUUAUCCAAAUUCACCCAAAUCAUGUAAAGUUUGUUCCGGGUUAACUGAAAGAAUUACAGAACCCCUACUACAAGGAUCUAUGAUUUCAAUUGCAUAUUGACUAGCUCAACCCGCCUGCAAAAUUAUGUUAGUGAGAUUCCAAAGAUACGAAAGCAAAUCUUGGGAGAGGGUUGGUGAAAGUCAACUUACCAGGAAGAGAUUAAGAGCAGAUGGGUCUUGGAUUCUGGAGAUUUUGACAAAGAGUAAAUCUGAUUUAAACGUCGUGAAAAGCCUCAAAGGUUUGACCUUUAGGUUCUACUGUUUACACAGAAGAGGACGAACCACUGUUUGUGUUCUGAUUUUUAUGGCUUUGUCUCUCUCUCUCUGUCUGUGGUCUUUGUUUUAAGAUGUGUUUUAAACCCUUUUUAAAGAUCACUCUUGUGGUGUUAGGUUUCAGGUAAUUUUUUUAAGAACAAAAGAACUUUGAUUUAUAAGCAAAUCAUAAAUGAAGAUUUAUUUGUUCUCUGGAGACUGGAGAGGACCAAUACUGGAUUCUUU